CACUUGUGUUGAAGUCUCGCGAUGUUUCAGGAAGAUGUUCUCGUGUGUCCGCCAUCCUUGUGGCUCUGCAGAAGGGCACGGACAGGCCGAAACAAGGGUGCCCGGCUAAGCAAGAGUUAGACUCUGAAUAUUUUCACCAUGUUGUCGAGAGCUGUUUUUCUCUCAGCCAACUUUCUGAAAGGCAGUGCCCCUCUUGGAGCUGGUUUGGUCCACGCACCGCGCUCCCUCCACACAUCAUCCCAGAGUCUGGCCCCAGUUCCUCCUUUGCCAGAGAAACCAGGCAAAGUCCGACAUGGCUUCGUCCCAGAGGAGUUUUUUCAGCUGCUGUACCCUAAAACUGGAGUCACGGGACCCUACAUGUUCGGCACUGGCCUCAUCAUCUACUUGCUCUCCAAGGAAAUCUAUGUGAUCAACCAAGAGACCUUGGCUGGUAUUUCCAUAGGCGCCAUCAUCAUUUAUGCUGUUAAGAAAUUUGGUCCCAGUGUUGCAGCUUUUGCAGACCAACUGAAUGAGGAAAAAGUAGCCAAGGUCCAGGAAGUGAAGGACCUCGCCAUGACCAACCUGGCUCAGGCCAUUGAGAAUGAGAAGAAAGAGCAGUGGAGAGUCGAGGGGAGGUCAAUGCUGUUUGAUGCUAAGAGGAACAAUGUCGCUAUGCUGCUGGAGACCAACUACAGGGAGAGGCAACACAUGGUGACCAAUGAAGUAAAGAGGCGCCUGGACUAUCAGAUUGCCCUUCAGCACCUCAAUCGCCGGUUGGAGCAGGAACACAUGAUCAACUGGGUGGAGAAGAGCGUCAUCAGCAGCAUCACACCUCAGCAGGAGAAGGAGAGCAUUGCUAAGUGCAUCACAGACCUGAAGGCGCUGGCCAAGAGCACUCAGGCCAAAGCUGUCAUCUAAACCAUCCUAAAGGGAACUUCUCACAGCUCCAAUGAGACGCUACCUUUAUUUACAGGAUCAAAUAUUUCUCUUUAGCAUUUGUCAACAUUAUGGGUGUGUACAUUAUUUACACGUCAGCAGAUGGUAAAAUAAAUGGUUACCUUAUUCAA